AUGUUCAUGGGCUAUUCCUUACACUUUUGCUCCCACUCUCCUUCAUACCCAUCCCCCCCCCCCUUCUCUCUUUUGGUCUGUCUUUUUGCUCCCCCACCCCCCUCCGACUCUCAGUCCCCCCGAACUCUCCACACCACCAUUGGCCCUCUUCCCUCUCAGUCCUUCAUAGUGUCUAUCCGGACCUCUCUCUGCCUCUUCCUCAACUGUAUUUUUCUUCGCGCUCUCUUCGCGGACCCGAGUUCGUGCCAUGUACAUAGUUUAUGA